AUGUCCGAGUUAGUCAACGAGCCAGGCUCACCAUUAUUUUUGGCAAGUCUUAUGGAUGUAGAGACGAUCAUAGGAUACAACUUCAAAAACAAAGACUUACUGAGAGAAGCUUUAACCCAUCAUUCCUACAAAGACGAUGUUUGUCAAUCUUACGAGCGACUUGAGUACCUUGGCGACUCGGUUUUAAACUUUAUGAUCACCAAAGAACAUUAUUUCUUGUACCCGAAAAUGAAGUCCGGUGACUUGACUCUAUUACGUGCAGCUAAUGUUGAUACCGAAGCUUUGGCCCGUGUUGCAUUUAAACAUGGUUUACAUAAAUUUCUUAGACACCAUGAUCCUUUACUAGACAGAAGGGUACAAGAAUUAUCGGAAGGAGUAGAAGAGUAUCCGCUGCAUUCUCAUGGUUUGAUCCAUUCACCAAAAAUACUUGCAGAUAUCGUCGAGUCUAUAAUUGGUGCAGUUUAUGUCGAUACCAGCUUAUCCAUGGACGAGACAUGGAAGGUGGCGAAGAAGUUGUUACAACCUUUGACAACGUUAGAAAACCUCAACUUGAACCCGGUGACAAAGUUGAACCAAGCGUGCCAGAAGAUGGGAAUAAAGCUCGAGUACAAAAAUUUGUGGGUCGAGAAAGGGGAUAUUGAAAUAUAUAUAGGUAACGAGUUAAUCGGGAAAGGAAACUACAAGCAAAAGAAAACAACUGCUAGAAACAAAGCAGCAGCAGAUGCAUAUGAAAAUCUUGCCAAACAGUGGGGCUUGAAAGAUGACCAUAUGGAUUUUGGUCAAUUAUUAACUUAGAUUGUAUAAUCUAUUUGUUUGUUAAAUGA